AUGUCGUUCGGCGUUGCUGUCCAAUCUGCCAUAUUCUACGUCGUAUCUUGUGCACCAUGUCUUCAGGCAAGGCAUCAUCAACAAUCCAAGGCGCUGGCCAAGAAGGAGCGUGAGGUGAAAGCGCGUUUCCAGGCUGAGAACCCUAAAUCAUACCGACACCCGGACCCUUUCAAUACAAAUCCGUACUGGUCGGAGGAAAUAAUGAUGGGGCCGAGAAUACAGUCAAAGAAGUAUACUGGCGGUAGUGGUAAGAGUGCCAGCCAAAAGCGCCUGGGUAGUUCCGGCAAAGAAACUACAAGCGUUGCCGAAAGCAGUACGCAGGUCGACAGCACGAGCCCGGUAAGUAGUCAUACUGCCGUGGCAGAAGACGGCAAGCUCAGUUUCUCAACUACCCUAUCGGACGAUUGGAACCGAAAGCGUUACCAAAGGGAAGAUGAAGAGUUAUGGGGUCAUGAGCUGUCCCGUACAGGUCAUAAGCUGAUGGACGCGAUUAAGCAGGCGGGAUCAUCAGCCGGUCGACUUCUAGAAACAAGGUUAGGGAUGGAACCGAAGCCGGUUACUGAGGAAGACAGACAUAACUUCUAUUUCGCGCCGAGGAAUCCUCCUGUCAAUGAGUAUCAUCCCCCGAUUGUGCGACAGAAGCCUACGAACAAAAACGCCACUCUGUGGAUGUUGCAACCGCCACCGCCUGCGAAGGUCAUGGAGGGUAAAGUGCCAGUUAGUAGAAGUGGAAGCAUGGCUAGCCACGUCAGUCGUAAGACGACGAUGAGUGACGCGCCUAGCUUAAGCCGACUAGUUCAUGAAAGGGCGGUAGAGGCUAAACUCAAGAGCGGCGAGUUACCGACAGAUUUUGAAUCGACUUCGACACUUCACAAGACUGUUUCGAGGAAAAAUACAUCGAGCAGAAAGCACCAUAGCCAUCGAAGGACAAGGAGUAGAAGCCUAUCGAUAGAGUCUUCAGAGGCUUCUGAUGCGACGACAAAGCAGAAAAGCCGUCGAGUACGACCAAUUCCCACUGCCGAUUUUGACUCUUCGGACGAAGAAUAUUACUUACGAAGUUCAGAUUCGUUUGGGCGGGGUAGAAGAGCUGCCCGGCGACCAACGCUACGACCCAUUUCAAGCUCCCAGGAAAACGAGAAGGAUACGAAGGAGAAUGUUCAAACCAAGGCCAAGGGGAAUAAGAGGCUCGGUAGAUCAGCAAGCUCUGCAAUUGCUGAUAUUACUAGCACAUCGCAACCAAACCAAACCUCGUCGGCUGCUAAACCCAGUGAAGAAACGCUACAAAAAGAUUCGCCAGAGAAGUCUUCGCCAGUGGUACUAGGACCCCCGCUGAAGGUCUCUGCAUAG